AUGGAGAUCGCUUGUCGACACUCAAGGGAUAUCCAAAUCAGUCUAGAGCAUCGUUUCACAGAUCUUGAAUACGCUGAUGAUAUAAUUCUUUUUGUUGACAGUUAUAACGAAAUGCCAGUAAAGCUAAAUAACAUAUCAGAAACUGCAGCAAGAAUUGGACUCAGGGUCAAUGUACAAAACGAAACGAAAGUCUUUUCGUCUUAUGUACAAGAAGCUGAUAAAAUGCGUCUUUUUUUAAAUUCAUUGCCGGUCGAGGAAAUGCCCGAUUUUAAAUACUUUGGGUCCACUCUAGUACCAAAUGACCAAAAGACGAUAUUAUAA